AGAAAAGGCCAAACCCUACCCCGUGCCCUUUUCUGUCAUUAGCAAUUUUCCCCACGUUUCGAUCUCGAUCUCGUCCCCCCUCGAUUUGAUCCGGAUCCCUCCUCCUCGUCCACAAAUCAAGUUGAAAGAUGGUAGUGAAACGCCCUUUCGAUGAUGGUGAAUCGUAUGAAGUUUCCUGUAAGCUACCAAGACAAGAGGAACAUAGUCCACUACAUGCAUUACCUGGAAUUGAUUCUUCCCAACAUUCUUCUCUGUUCUCUGAGUCUCCAGGUGAAGAGUGGUCUACAAAGAGAAAAUUGGAAGUUGAUGAAAAGCUCGUUGAUGAUAGCAUGACAAAACCUUCUAUAAGUAAUGUGGAGGAUGCACAUCACAGCAAAGAAUUCCAACUAGAAGGACGUCUCCAUGCAUUCUUUUCUCCCGAAUAUGUCACUUUUAACCAGCCGGCUACAGCUUUUAGUUGUCGUGAUGAUAACUAUUCUUUACUUUUAAGGCAUCCACCACAGAAAACAGUUCCCAUUGGACUAGAUUAUCAAGCUGACCUGUCACCCUGGAACCAACAGGAUGCCAUGACUAGUUUGAGUUACUUGAAUAAAUCCGUUGCAAUUUUAAAUUCAGAUCUUAUUGCUGGAGAUGAAGAUGCCAGAAGGUUUGCUGGAACUUGUGUUAUUCCAUUGCCUGGUUCUGAAGUAUAUGAUAACUAUGAUGACAAAGUUGGAGCCGGUCGUGCUGGCUGUAGCUGCCUGGAUGAAGGUUCCAUAAGAUGCGUUGGGCAACAUAUCAUCGAAGAAAGAGACUUGCUCAGAAGGGAACUUGGGAAUGAAGGAUUUGUGGAGUCUGGAUGCCAUGACAUGGGAGAACAAGUUGCUGAGAAGUGGAGUGACGAGGAAGAACAAUUAUUCCAUGAAGUUGUCUUCUCCAACCCGUCAUCUAGGGGCAGAAACUUCUGGAAUAGUUUAUCUUUCAGAUUUCCUUCACGAACCAGAAGGGAAAUUAUUAGUUACUAUUUCAAUGUUUACAUGCUCCGGAAGAGGGCUGAACAGAACAGAUGUUACCCAGUGAACAUUGACAGCGAUAAUGAUGAAUGGCAGGCAAGUGAUGAGGAAGACGAGGACUCCAUUGUUGAAUCUCCUGAACAUGGGGUUGGCCCUGGUUGUGUCAGGAAUGUGGAAGAAAUAAAUGAAGUUGAUGAGGGAAUUGCUGAAGAAACUUGUGAAGGUGAUGAGCAUGUUACUCUGAAAGUGGGAGAGGUUGUCUCUGAUACUGCAGAAGCAUGCUCCAAGAAAUGGAUAGAUAGUCCCACUUCUCACCUCAGGAAUAAAUCUUGGGAUGACAGGGGAGAUCAAGAUGAUUCAUGUACAUCUUAUGAUAGCUUGGCUGCCGCAGUUCCGGAUACCCAGUUGAAGCGUGAAAAUGGGGACCGCUUGCCUAGUAGCUUUCACUGUUUGAAUGGGGGUGGUGGUCAUGACUAUGUCUUGGAUACUUGUGAUACUAAGUUCUGGGAUGCUGGCUAUAUAGCUUGCACGAAAACAGAAUUUGAUUUCUUGCCCACUUGCAGUAUGAUUGAAGAGGUCUUUGGAGAUGGAUCUUGGAACCGUGAGGCAGAUGAGAAGGGCUUUAGCUAGCGCCUAUUGGUCAUUGCUUUCGAUGACUGAACCUUUUUAGACAAAUGCUGCCACGAUGAAGUUUAGCCUGUUGAAAAUAGGAACUGUCCAAUUUUCCAUGGUAUGAUUACCAUAAUGGAAGUCCUGCUUUCUUUGUAAGAUAGUGAUAGAAGGUCAGCAGGUUUCACUUGUUAUGGUGACAAAUUUUUUUAUUUGCCUCUCAAGGGAUGAUCUUCUUAAGUUGCUUUCUGGUUGUAUAAUCCCUUUUCAUCUUCCCUUCAGUCUCUUGUCGACUAUUUUGUAGGCAUUUCGCCUUCAAAGAGAGAACGUUGGCAGAUUUCAGACUAAGGUAUAAUGUUCCAUGGUUUAAUUGUAUAGCUGCUUUUGAAUGGAACAUGAUACGGUUCAUUA